UGUAAAACUUUAAGAAUAUCUUUAUUCUAUUGGUAUCUAUGUUGCUUCUUAAUUGAAUUGACUUGUUUUGUCUGCAGAAUCGGUGAAGGUUGUGGUGUUGUAGUAUUGGAAGAACUUGAACAUGCUAAGGAACGCGGUGCAAAAAUUUAUGCGGAGCUUUGUGGCUAUGGGAUGUCAGGUGAUGCGUAUCACAUAACUCAACCUCAUAAUGAUGGAAGAGGUGCCAUCCUGGCUAUGACAAGUGCUUUAAAACAGUCAGGUCUUCAUUCUAACCAAGUGGAUUAUGUGAAUGCUCAUGCUACAUCAACACCUUUAGGUGAUGCCAUAGAAGCCACUGCACUCAAAGUAGCAUUUGGCGAGCAUGCAAAGUCUGGUGCUUUAGCAUUCUCUUCAACAAAGGGUGCAAUUGGACACCUUUUAGGCGCAGCUGGAGCUGUGGAGGCUAUAUUCAGUGUCUUGGCUAUUCAUCAUGGAGUUGCGCCAUUGACUCUCAAUCUUUCCCAGCCAGACCUUGUAUUUUCUGAUGCCUUCAUGCCAUUGACUGCAUCAAAACAAAUGAAUAUUACAGCAGCUAUGUCAAAUUCAUUUGGCUUUGGAGGAACAAAUACAUCUUUGUUGUUUACCAAAGUGUCUUGAGAUUUUGACAAUGCUCUUUAAGUUACAUUUUUCUUGUUUUGGAUUACAACCUCAUGUCGGGAGGGGUUAAUCUUGUAUCGUUUAGAAAAUUUUGAAAUAUGAGAUGUAGCUUAAGAACGAUACUGGCAUGUUGUAAUAGUUCACUGUAUAUUUCAGUUGGUUUAUUUUCUUCA